AAUAACAACAGAAUUAUUCCCUUAGCUCUCUCUCUCUUUCUAUCUCAGCCGAACCCCCUCUUCCCCCCUCCAGCUCGUUGGCCACCAUCCCGGUGCCCGGAAAUCCUCUUUCUCAACCCUAAUUCCCAAAUUCUACCUCAUCCCAAAUCCCUAACUCUCAUACCAAUCACGAUCCCCAAUCGCACACCUAGAUCCGUGCUCUUUCAGUGGUAUCAGAGCCUGGCGGUGUGCCGAUUCUCUGAAGAAAUACUGCAGUCUGAAGAUGUCGAACCCGGUGGACAAGCAACAACCGCAGCGCCAGCUCAAGGAGGUGGUAACAGUCAAGGAUGUGACAACGAACAAGUACGAUGCGCUGGCAGCAUCGUUGGAGAGCUUGACAGAGGUAACUGUGAGGGCAGCUGAGGCCUCUAGGGGUUCGAUCGGAGCAAUCGAAGCCAUGGGUGACCAGAUCAAGGCUUCUAUUGAAGAGAUGGGCAAGAGUGUGGCUGCAAACAUCUGCGGAGCCUUGGUGGCGACAAUGCAGGAGGUGCUAACCCAAGUUCUGAAGAACCGGGAGCCGCUGGUAACUCCGGCUACAGGGGCGGCGCAGGCAGCAGCGACCGCGGCGGGAGUGGAGCCGACGGCGGCGGCCGCAGCAGGCUCGGGGGCGCCGAGCGGCGACGCGGGCGUAGGGCAGACCGGGGCGCGCGCGCGCCGGGAGGAGAAGGAGGCGGAGGCGAAGCCGCCGGGCAGCGGGGCCGAGGCCGGGACGGCGCAGGUGCUGGCCGCGUCGGAUGGGGCACCGGGAAACUCGGGCGCCAGGUCUGCAACCGCGCCGGUAUUCAGUGGGCCUGGUCUGCUACCAACUCCAACGGACCUGGCCCAAGACAAGGCCCAGGGAAAGCAGAAAAUGGCCGGGUACGAAGGAGAGCCAUUGUCGUUUGGGCCUGACAGAGAAGAACCCUGGCCCGAGGAGGAGGAGUUGAGUUUUGGCGAACCGAAAGGCUGGAUGGGCCCGAGCUCAGAGGAGGCGAGAUGGGGCUAGGUCGCGGGCUCGAAACCGGGCUGGGUACAGGGUGGCCAACCGGUCGGAUCAAAACCGGUCGGACCGAAUCCGGUCGGACCGAACCGAACCGGUCCGGGUCAUCCGCAGACGGGCAGCAGCUGGUAUGGACC